AAGGGGAAAUGAAAUGAACCGCAUUACCAAUCCAUCAUUAGAUCCUCUCUUUCCUUGUUUAUCUGUUUUCUUCUUCCCUUUCAGACAGAAAAACAGAACAGGAUAGAAAAACACACAGACAUUCAUACAGAUAGAUUUUUCAAUUUUAUUAGAUAGAAAGAUAGACAGACAGAAAAAUAAAUACACAGAGCCAAAAUACAGAGAGAGAAAGAGAAAAGAGAUCUUUUUGAUUCUCUUUUUCUCUCUUUCUCUCUCGAAUAGAAUUCUCCAACGCCAUCAAUGGUUUCUUUCGAUUAAUUUUACCCAGAAGAAGAAGAACCCUAUCAUCAUCAUGGGUUGUUGUGAAUCUUCAUUGUUUACAGAAUUAGGUGCUAAGAAAGAUAAGAUACCUCAAAACCAACAACAACAACAACCGCAACAAGGAAAUCAUAAACAGCCACCAUUCAACCGUCAUCCUAUCUCCACAAACAGCUCUCCUAAUUCUUCUUCUCUACCACCUGUUAAUUCAAUUGUUGAUGGUGAUGAACCACCUUCCUUUACAGAAUACUCUCUUUCAGACCUUAAAGCUGCAACCAAUAAUUUCAGUUCAGAAUUCAUUGUUUCUGAAAGUGGUGAUAAAGCACCUAAUGUUGUCUUCAAAGGUCGUCUUCAGAAUGGUCGCUGGAUUGCUGUUAAGAAAUUCUCUAAAACUGCAUGGCCUGAUCCUAAGCAGUUUGCUGUGGAAGCUGGAGGAGUUGGAAAGUUGAGGGAUUCUAAGCUUGCCAAUUUGAUUGGGUAUUGCUGUGAUGGUGAUGAGAGACUUCUUGUUGCUGAAUACAUGCACAAUGAUACCUUAGCUAAACAUCUAUUCCACUGGGAACAUCAAACAAUUGAAUGGGCUAUGCGUUUAAGAGUUGCUCUGCAUAUUGCUGAAUCAUUAGAUUAUUGCAGUACUAAAGGCCGAGCUUUGUACCAUGACUUGAAUGGUUAUAGGGUUCUCUUUGAUGAGAAUGGUGAUCCACGCCUCUCCUGUUUUGGGCUAAUGAAAAAUAGCAGUGAUGGAAAGAGUUACAGCACAAAUCUGGCUUACACGCCUCCAGAGUAUCUAAGAAAUGGAAGGGUCACUUCUGAAAGUGUUAUCUUCAGUGUCGGCACUAUUCUCUUGGAUCUUCUUAGUGGAAAGCACAUUCCUCCAAGUCAUGCUCUUGAUAUGAUUCGGGGCAAGAACAUCCUUAUCUUGAUGGAUUCACAUUUAGAUGGGAAAUUCUCAACAGAAGAGGCAACUGUGGUUAUUGAACUUGCUUCUCAAUGUUUGCAAAAUGAACCUGGGGAGAGGCCCGAUCUCAAGAAGCUUAUUGAUACACUUUCACCAUUGCAGUCCAAAGCUGAUGUUCCAUCUCAUGUAAUGCUGGGCAUUCCGAAACAUGAGGAAACACCUUCUACGCCUCAGCGACCCUUAUCACCAAUGGGUGAGGCAUGUCAAAGGAGGGAUCUCACUGCUAUCCAUAAGAUUUUGGUGACAACCCAUUACAGAGACGAUGAAGGAACCAAUGAGUUAUCCUUCCAAGAGUGGACACAGCAAAUGAGAGAUAUGCUGGAGGCAAGGAAGCGGGGGGACUUUGCCUUUCGUGAUACAGAUUUUAAAGCUGCCAUUAGUUGUUACUCUCAGUUCAUAGAUGUAGGCACCAUGGUUUCUCCGACAGUAUAUGCAAGGCGUAGUCUAUGCUAUCUCCUCAAUGACCAGCCAGAUGCUGCUCUCCGAGACGCAAUGCAAGCCCAAUGUGUUUACCCAGAUUGGCCCACAGCUUUUUACAUGCAGUCAGUUGCCCUUUCUAAGCUGGAAAUGCACAAGGACGCUGCCGACAUGUUGAACGAAGCUGCCGGCCUUGAAGAAAAGAGGCAACGGCAUGGUAGAUAGUGAAGCCACCAACCACCAUCAUCAUCCAAUGUUGUAAACAGAAACCAUGUUGUUAUGUAUAAUCACAGAAAAAUUGUAAUAUAGGGAGAGUGAGGGAGACAUUAGUUCUUGUUAACAGUAAAUGUAUGUGUUUUCCUUUUUUUUUUUCUUUUCUCCAUUUGAUGAGAUAAAAAUAUAUCAGAGUUCAACAUUUGUACGAUUUUAUACAUUAAAUCUUAAUUA